AUGCCGUCCAGCUUCAUCGGCAACGCCCUCCGGGGCACCUUCUUCCUCAUUUUUGGUCUCUGGUGGUCCGUGAAAUACCCUCUCAAGUACCUCAGGCGGAAAGCGAACGCCGACGAUGCGGCCAGCUAUGGCACCCAGCGCCUGGAAGUCCUCGAAGGGACGGUCAAAGCCUUCUUUGCUCUCGCAGGCAUCCUGGCCGAGCAAUUCGCUCCUCCUGGUCCCCACAUGCUGCUCUACAGUCCCGAGACGCACAGCUGGACGGACCUGACCCCCUGGCACUACACCACCAUGUACCUCUUCUUCCUCCUCUCCGGCGUCGUGGAAGUCGUCUCGCAUUCGCCCCUCAAGCUGCCUCUCGGCUUGGAUCGUCUCGCGCUGGCCAUAGCUCUGCUCAUCGAAGGUUUGCUCUUCUGUUCCCACGACUACAGCGAGGCUGCGCUGGAUAGUCACCUCCGUGGCCUGCUGGCCAUAGGCAUCUUUGCCGGAGCGCUCUGCACGCUCCUGGAAGUGUUCAUCCGAGACCACUUCGUCCUGGAGCUCUUCAGGACCAGCUCCUUCCUCCUGCAGGGCUCCUGGUUCUGGCAGAUGGGGUUUGUGCUGUCCCCUCCGUGGGGAGGCCCGGGCUGGGAUCCGACUGACCGUGGCAAUUUCGUGUUCCUCACCAUGUGCUUCUGCUGGCACUACGCCGGCGCCCUCGCCGUCAUGGCAGUCAACUCCGUCGCCUCUCAUUGCUGCAACGAAUCCUGCCAGCUGAAAUUUGGGGACAUCGACGUCGAGCUGGACUGCGGCCUGUGCAUCCGCAAAGGGAAGGGCUCCCGCGGCGCCCUGCUGCCGGAGGGCGGCCCGGACGACAAGUGA